CAAAAAAAAAACUCCCUAGGCCGGGGAUCUACCCUUGUCUCUCUGCUCUGCUGCGGUUUUGCCUCUUCGACUGCUACCUGUACAUACUAUCGCGUACCCUUGACUUGGUGUAGGCUAUGGUGAGAAGGGGGGGAAGAAGUCUUGCAUCUACUACCUCUUACACAGCUAUGUGGUGUAUGUACCUUGCUUCGUACUGCACAGGGGAGUGGGGUGUGCGACUGGGUGAGAGAGAGAGGCCCCUGUCCGGUGGUGAGCGGUAGUGGGCGUGUGUAUAUGUGUGUAGGUGUGUAUGUGGGUUGUCUCUCUGUGUGUUCAUUCAUAUAGAGGAGCAUAUCUCGACUUAUAUCUGGUCGUCCCAUUCGUUCCACCCCCGUCAACCCCGUUCUGCCUUUUCUCCUCAUGCAGUGCUAAUAAACGUCUUGCUUGGGCGAGCUAUCUUUUCCAUAUUAACAUCUAUUUACCCACGCCAGUCACCGUCCUCCUCCUUGAUAGACGGGAGGUUCUACACGGCUUCGAGACCAGAGUCGAGACUGUUGCUGUCCCGCCGGGUUCCCUCAUGCGUCACUGCUCCUAGACAUCACAUUGUACCAUUCUUUCGCCCUUGUGCAUAUCCUAACAUGACAGUCUCGCUUCCCCCGCAGCCCAAUGCGUCCAAGGACGCGCAGGCCGCCCGUAAGCGGAGGAGACGGGCCCCCGCCGGAGGGGCAGCCGAUGACUGCUUCACCUGCAUCAAGAGGAGUACGAAGUGCGACAGGCGGCGCCCGUACUGCUCGCAGUGUCUCGAGAUAGGGAACGAAUGCUCCGGCUACAAGACUCAACUGACUUGGGGGGUGGGUGUGGCGAGUCGAGGCAAGCUCCGAGGACUUUCGCUGCCUAUAGCCAAGGCACCUCCCGUCGCGCCUGUCGGGAAGAAGUCGGCGAGCCGGGCGCGAGCGAGCUCCGCCGCGACGUCGACGCAGUGGAACAACAUGGAAGAAGGGCCGCGCAAAGUUCGCCGGGACAAUGUUACCAGUAUUAGCGGGGAUCACGGGGUCAUCCUCCCCCCUACGACGUACGCAGCCUACCCAGAAUACCCGCGGUUUUCGCAAGCCGAAUCGAUACCCACGACCUCGCAGAGGGCGUGGAGCAACCUCCCAGCGUACGCCGGCAACAUGAGCGCCCACGACGCGUCGAGAUACGGCAAGAUUCAUCAUAAUUCGAUGAACCACUUCCCGCUCAUGGGCGAAUCGCUAUCCUCGUCGGUGGAUUCGCUGAGCGACGUCGACUACACGUUAUCGCCCGGCAUGGGACACUCCUAUCCCCGCGAGGAGAUCUCAUUCGUGCACAGCCCCAACGUCAUCUACGAGAACUACACGACCCAGAGCUCUCCCGUCCCCCAGAGCCCCGUCUCCGCGAUCAUGAUCGAUCAGCGGGCGCCGACUUCGUGCCCUAGCCUGGCAUACACGCCCUCGGAGCCGAGCUCGAGCCUCAGCUCGCAUCCCGAAUCGUUUGAACCGCGGAUGGGCCAUGGACUGGUCGGAGACAGUGAUACUCUGAGCGUACCUGAGAUGGAGCCUUACGCAACAAGCGCACAUCCCGCAGGCGGACCCUUCUGGCUCUCUCCAAAUCCAAAGGAUGAUGAUGUGAUGGCUCGCGCCGCGGAGCCCACGGCGGCUGGCCUGGCUCCGCCCUUCGAGAGCCAGCCGAUCCAGGUUAGCCCUGAUCUCAUGGCUAAGAUGGAGUUCUUCAUGGACUACUACGAGAACAUCAUGUGCCCGUCUAUGGUUCUCACGGAUGGGCCGAACAAUCCGUAUCGGAGCCACAUCUUGCAGCUGGCAUCGGGAAGCCGAAGCCUACAGCACGCUAUCUGUGCCCUGUCCGCGUGCAAUCUGAGGAUGAAGAGGAGGCUAAGUCUGGGUCAACAUGCUAGGGACUCGGAAAUCAACGGCUCUGAGCGACUCGCCGACGUGCAAUCGGAUCGCCAUUCGCUCUCCGAAGAACACCAGCACCGCAACUUGGCCGUUCACCUCCUCAACCAGCAACUCAACGACCCUUCAAAAUCCUGCCAUGAUUCCGUCCUAGCCACCAUCCUCCUCCUCUGCCACUACCGGAUGGUCGAAUCCGGAGUAGCCAAGUUCCAAACCCAAUUCGCCGGCGUCAAGAAGAUACUAAGCAUGCGGGGUUCCGCUCCCUACCAAGGGGCGAGCGACUCCUCGUGGAUGGAAGCCAUCUUCACCUACUUCGACUCGAUAUCGGCCAGCAUCAACGACCGGGAAGCCCAGCUCGACCACGCCUUCUACGGGCUCCCCUCCGACGCGAACCUGCUACCGCCGGGAAUCGAGAAUCUGGUGGGGUGCGAUAGGGAGCUCUUCAAGACCAUCAGUAAGCUCGGUCGUCUCAACCUCCUAUCGCAGAGUCGCCGGGUGCAGAACAGCCUGGCGGGGUCGCCGGGUCACGUACGGACCCCGAGCGCCGCAUCUCCACUGGGCUCUCCGCUGGGCCGCACUUUCAAGCAGGCCGGCACGCCUAUAGGUGACUUCUUCAGCGUCAACCACCACCGGUACGACAGCAACGGCUUCGCCGUGCAGCUCGACGAGGAAGAUAUACUAUCAGCUGGGCUCUGCUCGCCAUCGCCGUCGCAAUACGACGACCACCACUCGGGCUUCUGGCGCGAAUGGAAAGAGGCGCGCGCGGCGCUACAGAGCUGGGAGUUCGACGCGCAACGAGUGGCGGCGUCGCUGCCGAGCCAGGCGACGGCGAGCCAGGUGCGCGACCUACACUCGCUGUCAGAGGCGUUCCGGUACGCGGCGCUUCUGUACACGGAGCGGCUCGCGUCGCCCGGGAUGCCGUCGAGCCACAACAAGUUCCGCAACCUCGUUAGCCAGGUAGUAUACUACGCGACGUCGCUCGAGGCGGGCAGCAGCGCCGACAAGUUUCUGCUGUGGCCGCUGUUCGUCGCGGGCAGCGAGUGCGUCAAUGAGCUACAGCAGAAUAUCGUCCGCAACAAAUGCCGCGAGAUCAUGUCGCGCAGCGGCUACAUGAACAACCUCGCUGCCAUCGAAGUCCUCGAGCGCCUCUGGGCCGGCGAGUACUACGAGCCACCCGCAACGCCCAGCGGCAAGCUCAGCGCCCGCCGCGGCUCCUUCAACUGGACCAAGUGCAUCGGCGGUCCCGGCGUCGAGGUCGAAUGGAUCAUGUUCUGAUUUUACUUCUACUGUCAUCACCACCAGCACCACCAAUACUACUACCGCCACCGCCACCACCGCUACUACUACUAGGCACCUUAACGCAUACUCACAUACUCACAUACAUAUCCACCUACUCUACGGAAUCGUGUGAUGGAAUUGGACUAUACACAAACUUUGGAGGAAUUGGCACCCCCUUCCCUCUCAAAGCAGACGGUGCUUCUGUGUUUGAUUUAGCUGUUUCUUCCGCUCAUGCUACCGCGUGUUUUUU